CCACAAACAUAUUGGGGGAAAAACAGAAAAUAGGUUUAGUGUCUAGUGGUAUGUAAAUAGGCCAAGUAUAUAUAAAUAGCAGUAGAGUUUCUACUAUAUAUUCCAUUCAUCCAAACUAUACUUAUGAAAAAAGAAAUAUGAAUAUCCCAGCUGAUGAUGAAACUUUCUCUUUACCUGACCUUGAUUCCCUUGAAUCUAUCGAAUACCUUCUUAAUGAUUCCGAUUUUUCUGAAACUAUUUCAUCAAUAAGUUCAAGUAGCACAUUAUUGCCAAAUAGUCCUAGCUCAAAUUCAGCUGAAUCCCCCGUAAGACCGGAGCCUACGGAGGAAACAAAGGAGCCAGUUGUGGCGCGUGAUGAGGAAAACACGCCACAACAUAGGAGGAGGUACAUAGGGGUGAGGCGGAGGCAAUGGGGUACGUUUUCUGCAGAGAUAAGAGAUCCGAAUAGGAGAGGCGCGAGGCUAUGGCUAGGAACUUAUGAGACUCCUGAGGAUGCAGCAUUGGCUUAUGACCAAGCCGCAUUCAAAAUUCGUGGCUCGAAAGCUCGGCUCAAUUUUCCUGAGUUGAUCGGCUCGGACGUGCGUAAGCUGGCUAGACUAACCGUGAGGCGCCGUACGCGAUCGCCCGAGCCAUCGACUUCCUCCUCUGCAUCAUCCGAAAACGGGACGAGGAAAAGGAAAAUAGAUGUGAUAAACUCCAUAGCCAAAGCCAAAGCCAAAUUGAAUUGUGAUUGGAAUUUACAAACGUUGAUACAAAUGUGAGAAACGAGCAGAUCAGGUUUAUAUUCUUCGUGUUUUAUAAUUACAACAAUAGUCUCAUCAAGGUUCUGUAAUUUGUAAAUGUACUUCUUAGUGACCUCUCUUUUAUGAGAUUAUAAGUUGAUACAUGGACAGAUCGGAGCCAUAAGGGUACUAAGGGACAUCCAACAAAAAAUUACCCUAUAUAUAUAUAAAGUUAAAAUUAUUGUUUCACAUAUAUAUAGAGAGAGAAAGAUGUAAAAUCUUUUUAGUU